AUGGGUCCCGGUUCGUCCAUUGGUAUCGGGUCUACGAAUGGUAUUGAUCUGUCCAUUGGUAGCGGUCCUUCGAAUGGCACUGGUGAUUCAAUUGGCACUGGCGAUUCAAUCGGUACUGGUGAUUCGAUUGGUACUGGUGACUCAACUGGUAUCCUCCUUUCAAUUGGCACUGGUUCCUCGAUCGGUACCGGUUCUUCAGUUGAUGUCGUUGAUUACCACAUCCUCAGCUUGUGCGCUUUCAACUUCAACUAUGCCCGGAGCAACUUGCAGUUUAAGGAUGCAUCUCAAGAUAAUUUCGCUUGCAGUUGUCGGUUCGGCAAGCUCAUCUGCGAGGAUCUGGCUAGUAUCGCUGCUAGAACUCUUGACGAGCCUCUCAAUGCGCAAUGA